ACACACUGGCUACGGAGGCCGCCGGGGACCAUGGCGAGAGGGCCGCGCCCACUGCCGGCACCUCGGCUACAGGGGCCGCUAGGGGUCACGCCGAGAGGGCCGCGCCCGCUGCCUGCACCUCGGCCACAGGGACCACUGGGUGUCAAGGCAAGGGGGCCACACCCACUGCUCUCACCUCGGCUACGGAGGCCGCUGGGGGUCAUGCCAGGAGGGCCGCGCCCACUGCUUGGACCUCGGAUACGAGGGUCAAGCCAAGAGGGUUGCGCCCACUGCCUGCACCUUGGCUGUGGGGCUCACUGGUGUCACGCCAAGAGAGCGUUGCCCACUGCCUGCUCCUCGGCCACAGGAGAGACUGAGGGUCGUGACGAAAGGGCUCGCCCACCGCCUGAACCCCGCCUACAGUGUGGGUCCAGCAGGAUCUCCCUGCGCUCUCUGCCUUUAUCUAGGCAGGGCUGGAAAUGGUCCGCUUGCAGUUCCUCCUCCUACCUCGUCCGGCGAUCGAUCAGGCAGAGGAACGGCACCGGCAAGACGCAUCUUCUCUCCAGACUGGCAAUCCCAGAAAGCCAGGUGAUCACCAUUAACCCCAAGCUGCCUGUGGAGGAGGCAGCUGAGGACUACGCCAAGAAGCUGAGUCAGGCAUUCCAAGGGGACUCCAUCCCGGUUUUCGACCUGCUGAUCCUGGGGGUAGGCCCCGAUGGCCACACCUGCUCACUCUUCCCAGACCACCCCCUCCUGCAGGAGCGGGAAAAGAUUGUAGCUCCCAUCAGUGACUCCCCGAAGCCACCAGCACAACGUGUGACCCUCACGUUACCUGUCCUGAAUGCAGCACGAACUGUCAUCUUUGUGGCAACUGGAGAAGGCAAGGCAGCUGUUCUGAAGCGCAUUUUGGAGGACAAGGAGGAAAACCCGCUGCCCGCAGCCCUGGUCCAGCCCCACACCGGGAAACUGUGCUGGUUCUUGGAUGAGGCGGCCGCCCGACUCCUGACCGUGCCCUUCGAGAAGCAUUCCACUUUGUAGCUGGCCAGAGGGACGCUGCAGCUGGGACCAGGCACACGGCCCCAGGGGCUGGGCCUCUGUUGGCCGCCGUGAUCCAGGCUCUCACUGGAAAAAGCCACGUGGUGCUGCUGGAAGCCGACAGACUCUGGCCACCAGCCCUGCCCGGGGCUCAACACACCAGCCGUGGCUCUGGGCAUCCGGAUAUUAAAAGGAGCGUUGCUGGAA